CCAUCAGAGAGAUCUUCUUGGGAUUUUGUCUUGGGAAGCGUGAAGCGAACCCAACGCGACCCCACAAACCCGCGGCGCCUCCCACGAACCGACUCCGUCCCCAGAGUUACCAGAAACAGACAAACUGUGUGGCAACGUCACAGGAGAAGCGAAGUAAGGAAUAGAGUGCGGAUACGGCGACUUGGAGAGCUUUGAAAAGAGAGGAAGCAAGGAAGGGUAGCUCGGGCUCGGCUCUUCUUCUCUCUUUGCCUGCUUUCAGUCCUUAAGAUCACCAACACCGGCACCAAAAUUUGAGAUUUGAAGAGAUAUAUAUCUAUAUCUUCUGCUCUUCAUCUGUAUAUCUUCUCCUUCGAUCUUUAGCUGGUGUGGAAAUCGAAGAAUCCAAUUUUUACGAUCACAUUACCUGGAGGAGCACAUCGAGGAGCUUCGCCCCAAGAAGCGAUGCAGGGCCCGUCGACGGAGGCGGCCGGAGCUGUCCAGGGGGCGGCGAAGCCCCCGUUCCCGGAUCCGGAGCAGCACCUCAAGUGCCCCCGAUGCGACUCCACGAACACCAAGUUCUGCUACUACAACAACUACAACCUCUCCCAGCCCCGCCACUUCUGCAAGGACUGCCGCCGCUACUGGACCAAGGGCGGAGCCCUCCGCAACAUCCCUGUCGGUGGCGGUACCCGCAAGAACUCCAAGCGCUCCGCCGCCUCCGCCACCGGCGGUGCCACCGCCUCCAAACGUCCCUCCACCUCCUCCCCGCCGCCACCUCCAUCCUCCGAUCAUCUACCAAAGCCGGAGCCUUUUUCCGUCCUCUAUCCGCCAGCCACCGACCCCGACGACCGGCUGCUCGACAUCACCGGGAGCUUCAGCUCGCUGCUCGCCUCCAGCGGAGGCUUCGGAAACCUUCCGGAGGCCUUCUUCUCCGGCGCGCCCGGCGGCGCCACCGCUAGGCUGCCUCGUUCCGGUACUCUGAACAGUUCGAUCGAGGGUGGGAUGGAUCAGCUGCAGAGCUCCAGCGAUAGCAACGGCAAUGAGAACUCGGCGGCGCUGGAGGAUUUCUUGGGGGAUUCCAGCGGCUGGGCUAAUGGCUGGCCCGAUCUCCGCAUCUAUACUCCAGGUUCGGGCUUCCAGUGAUCAAGAAAAAAAAAAACAGAAUUUUAGAGCAAAGAGAAAGACAAAAACUCUCUUCUUUUCUCUGUUAUGUUUUCCUCCUUUCUCGUUUCCAGGGCUUUUUAUAUCGUUCUGUGGAACUGCUCUCAAAAACUCUGGUAUAUGUUUAGUUAUAUAGGUAAUUAAUCGCGUACAGAUCGAUAUAUAGUUAGUCAUUUGGGUUUGAAAAAUUUCUUAGAUUUCUUUUGGGCUUUGGCUUCUUUGCAUGAUUGAAACAUGGUGAGUCAAGAAGCUUAUUGGUUUUAUUAGAGUUCUUUUGUGCCACAAUUUCCUCUGGUUCUUUUUGAUCUUUUGGAGGAGAAUGCGGUUGAUGGUUGGUGGUUUGGUGAUUGAGUGAGACUUGAUGUAAGCGUGUGGAUGUCAAAAAAUUAUAGGUUUUAUUAAUGUUUUUUUUUUGUUGGAAUAUUGAUAAGUGGAUUGCAUGAUUGGUUGUUUUUUUAUUAUUAGGAGUUCAGGGGGCUUGUUGGUUCUCUGACUGCUUGCUUGUGCCAUAUCUCGUAACAAGUGCUCUCUUUUGGAGGAGAACGUUGAUGGUGUUGUAGAUCGAUAAUUGAAUAAAGUAUUAGCGCAAGCAUGUCCGAACUUAGAAGGUUAAUGGUUCCAUUAAUUUAAUGACAAGUUUCUGGAAAUAUUAAUAAAAUGGGAUGCAUCAUCAUGUCAAUAUGAUCAUGAGUAAAGGAGCUUAGUAGAUUUUCUUUGGAGUUUUCUUUUGAGCGACAUUUUCUUAGAAGGUAAUCUUUUUAUUUUUAUAAUAACUUUGCCAUUAUUUGGUCUUUCUGCCUGGUCUGGGAUUCCUUUUUUUAAUUCUUUAUCCCUUUAAUUACCCUUUUGGAGGAGAAUGUGGGUGGUGAUAGGGAUUUGAUGCUUGAAUGGAAUUAAUGCAAGCAUGUGGAUGUUAGAACGCCAAAGGUUCCCUUAUUCUAUUGAUGGUAAGUUGUUGGGGUUGGUGAUAUUAGUGGGAUGCAGUAUAAGUUCCAUCUUCUCAUUCCCUUUUAAUUUGAUAAGUAUUCUUUGUUCUUUGUAUGUUGUAUGAAUGGUCACAGUUGUUAUCUUGGUUUUAGGGUAUUUAAGUUGGAUAAUAUUCCGUGAAGUCGUUAUAGUUGUUGGGAUUAUGGGCUAGUGGAUGCAAUUCCACCUCGCAUUCCAUCAUUUCAAUAUGGUAUGAUGUUUCUGGCCUAUGUUCUCUGAACUAUAUAAUUAGAUAUCAAUGUUCCUUCACUUGGCAUUUCUCUCAUAUUCGUAUUCUUUGUUCUUUGUAUGUUGUAUGAAUGGUCACAGUUGUUAUCUUGAUUUUGGGGUAUUUAAGUUGGAUAAUAUUCCAUGAAGUGGUUAUAGUUGUUGGGAUUAUGGACUAGUGGAUGCAAUUCCACCUCGCAUUCCAUCAUUUCAGUAUGGUAUGAUGUUUCUGGCGUAUGUUCUCUGAACUAUAUAAUUAGAUAUCAUGGUUCCUUCACUAGUCAUUUCUCUCUCAUAUUCCAUGCACUCUUUGGUGGCCUCUGUGGAGGUUAAUGUACCUCUGUGAGAUUGCUGUGGUGGUCUCCCAUCCUUUCGGUGAGUCAGUGGCAUGGAGGUUUGCAUUUGAUGUUAUGUCAUCUUAUAUUCUUGAAUCCAUAAUAGAAAUUUUUUUGAUGGAAAUGAAGCGAGGAUAUUUUAUUAUCCGAUCACCAGCAGCAUAGAUUUGAUGUGAUGGGAUAAUCUUUUGAACUGUUGGGAAUACGAUGUUAUGCUAAGGCGAUGGAUGCUUAGUGUCUGUAAGCUGCCAAACGAGCAACUUUUGGUGGGUUGGUGCAACAGGAAACGAGCUAUU